AUGGCUUUCUUCCUAUCUGAGGAAUCGCUUUCGAUGUCAUGUCGAAGAGCUCUGCUGAGAAAGCUGAUCAAAGACGAAGAAUGUUCUCCUAUACGGAAUUUGCUUAUGCAGGAUUCGUCAUAUUUCGUGAACCUACUUGAAAAUAGAGUCAUGGAUGUUUCUGGUGAGUGGCGAGAUCCAUCUCCCUCACAGCAAACCGAGUCGGGUAUCAUGGAGCGCGAAAUGUUAUGUCUCCACAUAAUUGACGCUUGGUUCGCUGGUGCCAAAGAUCUGGUUAUCAAACUGAGACAGUUGUGGAACAAUGCAGAUUUCAAAGGACGUUAUGUGGUUCAUGCGCCAUGCAAUAAAGACCUACUGGAACUGACGAUCAAACCGAUGACAGAGCACAAAUAUAAGGUUCCAAGACUCCUAGUGAACUGUUUCAUCCGACAUUACAGACACAACAGUAACGAUCUUGAUCUUCUGUGCGAUAUACUUUUCGUGUUCAUAGGGAGAUAUGUCACUGAUUUUUGUUUUGUUCGUGAAUUUCUGGAAAGGGAAGUGAUACCGACGUAUUCCAUGGAAUGGCGACGAAAGCUCUUUUCCUAUGUUCUGGGAAAGUUUGAAGCAGGCGGCUCCACUGUGAUAAAAGAUCUUCUGUAUGUGAAAAUCGUGCAGUACGUCCUGAUACCGAGUCUUCAGUGGGCUUUUGAGCGCUAUAAUGUUGACGAAAUUCUGGGAGAAAUACAAAAUCCUUCUGAGCAACCGGAAAAUGAUCCCAACGAUCUGGUGUAUCGACUAGCUCAUAUAAUUGACCAGAAUCGCCAGGUGAUGAGCGAUGGUAUUGUGAUAGUGCUUUACCAGCUUUGUACGCUUCUUGUGAAACAUGCACCCCGGCAUGUCCACAAUAAUGAUUCA